GUUCGCGUAGAAGAGUGUGCCGCUUCGAAAGUAAACGAGAGUCGCUCGCAGUAUCCAGCCUCGCGCGUGGGGAUUGAAAACAAAAUCAAAAAAAAAAAUGAUUAACGAAGCUCGUUCACUGCAGUGAUCGAACCACGUGGUGACAAGAAAAUUUCGUCGAGGAUCGAACACGUGGGAAAUCGUGUCGUCCGUGGUGGUGUUUCGCGAAACAAACCCCCUCGAUAAACGAGAAGAAACAAUUAUCGUGAAUAAACGUCGAACGAUACGAGUCUUACAAGUUUACGACGAACGUGGAAUCGUUCGCGUUCGAUUCGAAUCAGCGAAUAUUUAACCUGCGAGCGUCAAAUGAAACGGCGCGAGUACAAGAAAAACGCCUACGCAAAAAGAAAUUAACUGCACGAAGACGUCGUCAGUUUGUAAUUAGACUCGAGAGGAGACGAAACACGCGGUUCUGCAUGAACCCUGAGGAAAUCUUCGGCCUGUGCAACAGGAAAAACGCGAUAUUCGUUAUCCUGUGCACGGCGGCUAUCUACGUGCACCUGUUCGACGAGAACGACGACGACACCGUCAUAGACCAGACUAUCCACUUCAACGUGGAGGAGCAACGCGAAACUUGGUGCAUCGACGACGAGGAGCUAUCGGUGUUCCGAUCGCACUGCAACGAUGUGGAGAACAUUAUGUCUGCUCUCGCUGAUGCUUUUAACGUUCGAUUUCCCUCGCGAUAGAUUCGCUCGAGCUAAAUCUAUUCGAGCGAACGCCGAGCCACGCGCUCGAGACGAAAUCCAGAGCCAUCGGGAAGCAACGCGAGGACGAAAUGAGAGGAACGGCCUACCACGUCGCACGAUUUACGACGACGAUGAAAAUUCGAGCGAGCGUUUCGGCAAAUGGCGGAACAACGGUGAAGCUCUCGAACCAAAAUGGAGGGACGGUGACACAGUACCACUAUUUCCAUUUUCUGAAUUAUCACGAUACUCUGGCGACAAAGCGGACAGCGAGGAAGAGAUCAAUUACAGCCAUCGAGUAGCAAAAUAUCGUCGGAACAAUGGACGAGAGGAACCUCGUUUCAGAAACGACAACAAACGUGUGUACAGGGAAUGGGAUGAGAAGAAUAGAGACGAUCAACCCUUGACUGGACAAAAUCCAAUCAACUCCAAGGAAACGAACAAUAGGGAAGAAGAAACUCUAGAUUUUGCAGAAAAUAAAGAUACAAUGUCCACGAGGUAUCGCGAAGCUUUUCAAAUACGCCUAAACGACUACGAGCACGAACUGGACGACGAGGAGUACCUGAAACCUCGUCCAAGGAAACGGAGACCACCGCAAAAUUACGAAUUCGCUCUAGCCGUGAACAACACGUCCACGAACGAACGAAAACUGGAAAGCAAUUCUGGACCUUGGCUCCGUACGCAAAUAACUUUGGAACCAGAACGCAGAAAUCAAUUCGGACAGAAUGCCAUGGAGCUGAAGUCCCUCUUGAAGAUGCAGCAAGAGGAAGGCCUAAGUCUAUCGGAGCUGCUGCAGCGAAGAAACCUGACUCUCGACGAUCUCCUGAAAGGUAAAGCAGACGCGAUCAAUGCGUUGAAAUCGAAAGACAUUGAGGCCGAGGAUUACAUCGAGGAAGCGUCUAGAAUGAUGUACAAUUCCCUCAUGAAAGCAUCUACCACGAAUAAACCACAAUGGAUGACUGUUACGGAAGCCACGGGACUAAAGAACGUUCUAAAACACGAUGAUCCGAUGAUUUCAAUCAUGGACACGGUGGAUCUACUCUGGCGUAAGAAUCUCACGAAUUCCGCGGGAUCUUCUUCGAACGCAACCACUGGAAAAUCGAUCCUCGCCACUCUUAAUUCGCGGCCAGUCGGAGUUACGCCUCUCGCGAACCUACCAGUAGCGAUUACGACAUCGAUGCCGGUUGCAACGAAUUCCAUGCAGUUCUUGCAAAGCAACGGUACUGCGAAAUUAUGGAACGGUGACGAAAUCAAGCCGGAUAGCUUGGACGAAGACGAGAUCAUGGAAUUCUCGGAUUUCACCGAUUACAAGAACGGACGAAACAACAUGUCUCCGGUUUGGCUGAUGUCAAAGGACGAGGAAAGAAACGAGGAGACUCUGGAUGGUUUUAAAAGCAACAACGACAGAGGAUCGACGUUAAGUAUCCAGCAGAUCUUGAACCCUACGGAAAGUACCAAAUCGAUGAAAAAUUUAUCCGCGUCUGAGAACAACGAAAGCGUCUAUGCGACCGAGAUGAUCGGGCAAGAAGAUCGACGCAACGUCGAGCACAACGAACGAGAUUACACCACGUUCUCAGAGCAGGAAUACCAAGAAGAUGCACCGUUGAUGUACCAUGACCUAGAACAGAAUACGCAAAUUAGCACUCCUGCUGACGAAGAGAGUAAAAUAGAAUCUGCACUGGAUGCAGUGUCUUACGGUGACAUUACAGAGGUUCAACGAAUGUUUACGAACAACGUCGAUUACUCUCUCAAAAAUCAUCAAACUGCGAACACCACCGAGAAGCAGAGUUACGACGACGUGGUUUCGGAAAUAGAACCGGAAGCGCGAGCCGAGAUCUUUGAAUUAUUCGCGUCCGGAUCCGCGGGUAAGAGAUUAGAGCGUCUUUUAAAAUCGAGGAACAUGAGCUUGGAGGAACUGAUCGCUUUGCGACAGCGAGGCUCCAGCAGAGUUCAUUUGGCCGAGGUUUCGCGACUCAAAGCACAGAAAUCAACCAGCGAGAACAAGCCGGAGAGUGAAAAUAACUCGGUAGUGACCACUUUGUCGCCGCCCGAGGGACAUUCUUAUCAAUUUGGAGAAAGAAACCCGACGAAUUUGCCGCCGCUGUCGUUUGAAAACGCGACCAACAGCGAUCUUGUUCGCCCCGAGGAAACUACUACCAAACGAUUGCUACCAAAUUUCGAUUUGGGAAUCAAUAACGAAGACCUCGAUAGCGAGAAACGAAACAUCGAAGAGCGUCAUCGUACAGUGCAGAUCGUUGAUCUGUUAACGACCUUCGAUUCUCUUCCAUUCGCGAAGAAUUUUCAGCGGGACUUCCCGGGCGAGUACGACGACAUGGCCAAGAAGAAAUUGUCCGAGCAGAGCACCGAUCUCGGCGUAGUGUUUAUAAAUGACGGGGAAACGAUACGUACAAAUGAUACCGCGAACGUCAUUCAGUCCGAUUACGUGAAAGGGAUAGUCAAACAGGAAUCGAAUUCUAUCAAUAUUCAGACGGUAUUCAGAGAAACGAGCGUCCUUAACGAGGACGAAGACAACGAAAAGGGGAAAUCCCUUUCGAAAGUAAAACCCAGCAUAAUAGCGAGUGGCGCGAUCCUUGGCGUGACAAUCGUGGUUUUCUUGGCAAUAUUCAUCGUGUGCAGGAUUCGGCAGAAGCAGAAAUACAGAUACAGGAACACCUUUUCCAGAGCAGUGUUUCAAGCUCCUGUAUUAGCAGCCAGGAAACUGUCGAAUUCGAGCAGUCUAAGCACCGUAAUGGUCAACGUUAUCGCGACGUCAACGACGAAGAGACCGGAAAGAAAGGAAAUGCAGGAACCUGCGGGAGAGAUGAAUUGUAAAAGUGAUAUCGAUAAUGAUUCUCUGGAUGCUAACGAUAGCUGGGAAACUAUACCUGAUUACAUGAAAUAACGGCAAACAGAUUUGACCGCAAUAUUUCUGUUCAGACCUUAAAAAACAACAGUAUUUUCUUGUCUACGUUAGAUUAAACCGUACAUAUACAUACAUAUUGAAGGCUGAUCAUGUACCUUGACUUUAGCAAUGAUACAAAGCUGAAGACAUUAGACACCUUAAUAGAUCGACCACUGAAUCACUGACUGCAAAUGUUUCUAUUAGUCUGUAGACUGAUUUCGCAAACACGGACUUUUGUACAUACAAUUGUAUAGAGUAUUUGAUCAAUUUUAACAGAUAAAAUUUAAUGUAAUUUAGAAUUUUAGAAUUAGAAUAAUUGUCUUGUAUAAGAUCAUUUUUCAGAACUCCUCUCGAUGUCAGAAAGAAGCAUACAUGU